GGGGCUUCCUGAGGCGAGCGGGGCCGUGGAGGAGGCGGGCGGGUGAGGGGGGGCGCGAUGGAGGCGGUGGCGGCGGAGCCCAGCCCGGAGCCCGCCAAGGCCAUCAGGGCCAUCGACAGCAGGUCCGUGCAUCGCAUCUGCUCCGGGCAGGUCGUCCUGAACCUCGGCACCGCCGUCAAGGAGCUGGUGGAGAACAGCCUGGACGCUGGAGCGACCAACAUCGAUAUAAAACUGAAGGAUCAUGGAACAGAACUGAUAGAGGUUUCAGAUAAUGGAGGUGGAGUGGAAGAAGAAAACUUUGAAGGCUUGACUCUGAAACAUUACACAUCAAAGAUACAAGAUUUUUCUGAUCUAGUACAUGUUGAAACAUUUGGGUUUCGAGGUGAAGCUCUCAGUUCACUGUGUGCAUUAAGUGAUGUUACCAUUUUUACCUGCCAUAAAUCUGCAAAGGUUGGGACUCGUUUGGUAUUUGAUCACAAUGGUAAAAUUACUCAGAAAACUCCUUAUCCGCGACAACAAGGAACAACUGUUAACAUACAGCAGUUGUUUUAUACUUUGCCAGUACGACAUAAAGAAUUUCAAAGAAACAUUAAAAAGGAAUAUGCAAAAAUGGUCCAGAUAUUGCAAGCAUACUGUAUUAUUUCAAAAGGAGUGCGGAUUAAUUGCACUAAUCAGGUCGGCCAAGGGAAAAAAACCUCUGUGGUAUCCACUACUGGAAGUCCUAGUUUAAAGGAAAACAUUGGAGCAGUAUUUGGGCAAAAACAGUUGCAGAGCCUCAUCCCUUUUGUUCAGCUACCUCCUAAUGAAGCUGUUUGUGAAGAAUAUGGACUUAACGCUACUGACAUGCCACCAAAUCUUUAUAGUAUUACAGGCUUCAUUUCUCGUUGUGAUCACGGUGUUGGAAGGAGCGCAACAGACAGACAAUUUUUCUUUAUCAACCAACGUCCAUGUGAUCCAGCAAAGGUUGUCAAGGUUGUGAAUGAAGUUUAUCACGUGUACAAUAAACACCAGUAUCCUUUUAUUGUCCUUAACAUUUGUGUGGAUUCUGAAUGUGUUGACAUCAACGUUACUCCAGACAAAAGGCAAAUUUUACUUCAGGAGGAAAAACUUUUAUUAGCAAUUUUAAAAACUUCUCUGAUGGAGAUGUUUGGUAGUGACCUUAACAAACUGAACGUCAAUCAGAAACUUCUAGACAUUGCAGGCAACUUGAAAAAAACACUUCCUGAAGAGACAGAAAAGCCUCGGGAAGAAAUGCUGCUCAAUUCUGAGACUGAAAAUACAAACAGUGGAGGAAAAAGAAUGACUCUUGCCAGGUUAAGGGAGUCAUUCUCUCUCCACCAAACAGAGAGUAAUUUUCAAAGCCCUAAAAGGGCAAAACAGCAGCACAGCUCCCCUAGACAACUGUCACUUGAAACUGUUUUGAGUACUGUAAAGACUCGAAAGACUACCUUGAGUGAGGAGUCUGAGAGUUGUCAUGAGAUGGAGUCAAAGAUGUCAGUUCCAAACAGCUGUUUGAGAAAAUUAGAAGACAAUACAGAUUCUGGAUUCUGUAGCACCUCUGAAUCAGAUGUUGGAUAUAAUACAACGGAAGCUGGGAGCUGCGUCAAUAGUGAAAGUGUAAUUAAUCCUCCUGAAGAAGAAUUCUCUAGCUCGGAAGAACAACUUCAAAAUGAGCGUCCUAAAAUGGCUGGACAUAGUGAGAAAUCAUUGGAAUGUGAUGUUCAGGUCUUGGGCACUGAACAUAAGUUAAAUCGCAUGAAUGACUGGAAUAAUCAAAGUAACUUAUCUCUGGAAGCUAGUAAUUCUUCCCCGAGAGGAAAAUGUUUUAAAAGUGAGUCAGGUGACUUCAAGGCAGGUGUAAAUCCUGAAGUGAAGAAUACUGAAAACUGUAUGGCAACUGUUGAUGUACUGGUGGAAGUUAAAAAGAAAACUGUGCCACUUGAGUUCUCUAUGAAGGUUUUAGCAGAAAGGGUAAGAAAGGUAAUGCAGCAACAACGGAAGAGUACAGAAACACAAAAUUACAGAAGAUUUAGAGCAAAAAUUAGUCCUGGAGAAAAUAAAGUAGCAGAAGAUGAAUUAAGAAAAGAGAUCAGUAAAGAAAUGUUUGCAAAAAUGGAGAUCAUUGGCCAGUUCAAUUUAGGGUUUAUAAUAGCAAAGUUGAAUUCUGAUCUUUUCAUAAUCGACCAACAUGCUACUGAUGAGAAGUACAACUUUGAGAUGUUACAACAACACACAGUGCUUCAAGGUCAGAAGCUGAUAGCGCCUCAAAAUCUCAACUUAACUGCUGUAAAUGAAACAGUAUUGAUUGAAAACAUAGAAAUAUUCAGAAAAAAUGGGUUUGAUUUUGUGAUAAAUGAAGAUGCUCCUGUAACUCAGAGAGUGAAAUUAAUAUCUUUGCCAACAAGCAAAAAUUGGACUUUUGGUCCACAAGACAUAGAUGAGCUGAUCUUCAUGUUAAGUGACUGUCCGGGAGUCAUGUGUAGACCCUCCAGGGUCAGACAGAUGUUUGCUUCUCGAGCUUGCAGAAAAUCUGUGAUGAUUGGAACUGCACUGAACAUACAGGAGAUGAGAAAACUGAUCACCCAUAUGGGUGAGAUUGAGCAUCCCUGGAACUGCCCCCAUGGAAGGCCUACUAUGAGACACAUAGUCAGUCUAGACUUGAUUUCAUCAGAGUAACAGUCAGUUUCUGUUUAUUAACAAUUUCAAUUUUAAUAACUUGGCAAUAUUUCAACCUUUUAUCAUGGUUCUCUUAUUUUGACUAAAAAUGAUUUUAGCCAGUUUGCGAAUUUGAAAAUAGCACUUAAAAACGUUCAGCAGGGUUUCAUUAUCAACAAUAUCUACAUACUGGAAUUCAUGUGUAAAUAACAUCUUUUAUUGUCAUUUGCCUUCUGUAUUACUUUUGUAAUCAAGAUUUUUUAAAAUAAAUAUUUAUA